GGUUUGCUUCGUCUUCUUUCUCUUUUAGAUCACAAUUCAAACAUUGAAACUAUUAGCAUUAUCCUUUAUCCCCUCUGAAAACAUUACUCUUCUCUGUAUCUUCAUCUCUUAGGCAGUAACUUUACUCUUUAACAAACAACAACUUGAUUUCUUACAAAAAAAAAUGGGUUUGAUACGUUAUAACAGCCCAAUGGUCCAGAUCUUUAUUGUGGGUAUGAUCUGUUUCUGUUGUCCUGGUAUGUUUAAUGCUUUGACUGGUAUAGGUGGACAAGGUAAAGCGUCCACAGAAGCUGCGACAAACGCUGGCACUGCCACAGCAGUAACAUUUACGAUAUGUUCAUUGAUUGGUGCUCCUGUGUAUAACCUUUUCGGUAAUAGAGUUCUUAUCCCUGCCGCUCUUUGCUAUGUCCUUUACGUUGGUUCUUUCCUUUCUAAAAAUGAUAACUUCACUAUCGCCGCUGGUGCUAUUCUUGGUAUUGGUGCUGGUUUCUUAUGGACGGCUCAGGCAGGCAUUAUGAUGUCUUAUCCUUCUGAAAAGGAUAAGGGUAAAGCUUUCUCUGUCUUUUGGGUGGUAUUCAAUCUAGGUGCUACUCUUGGUGCUGCUAUUCCUCUUGGUAAUGAAUGGAAUGCUGGAAGCAUGCCCCAAGUCCAGACCACAACAUAUAUUGCCUUCAUGGUUAUCAUGGCAUUUGGUGCAGCAUUGAGUUUGGCCCUUCUUCCUGCCAACAAAGUUGUACGUUCUGAUGGCUCACAUGCUUCUCUUCCAAAAAUUUCCAACUGGAAGCGUGAAGCAUUGGAAGUGUUUAAGCUUUUCAAAGACUGGCGCAUGCUUAUUCUUAUUCCACUCUUCGCUGGCUCCAAUUGGUUCUAUACCUACCAAUUCAACGUUUAUAAUGGCCCUGGCUUCAUGACAAAACGUGCUCGAUCUCUGAACAACGUAUUAUAUUGGUUGUUUCAAAUGAUAGGUGCUGGUCUUUUUGGUUGGUUCCUUGAUUCUCAUAGACUUGGCACUCGUAAGCAACGUGCCUUAUACGGCAACACUAUUACUUUCAUUAUCAUUCUCGCUCUUUGGGUUGGUUGUAUUUUCAUCCAAAAAAAUUUUACUCGUGAAUUUGUCAGCCUCCCUUCUUACGUUAAGAUUGACGUCUUUGACAAGGAAUAUCCGGGCUUGAUUAUUGAAUACGCCUUCUUCGGUUUAAUUGAUGCUGUGUAUCAAGGCUUCAUUUACUGGCUUAUGGGUACCAUGACUAACGAUACUGAAAGGGCUACUCGUUAUGGUGGUUUCUAUAAGACAAUUCAAAAUGCUGCGAAUGCCAUUGCUAACCAACUCGAAGCGCAAAAGGUUGGAUAUAUGACUCAGCUUAUUGUUGUUAUGGUCAUUAAUCUUGUUGGCCUCCUUCUCGCCUAUGGUGUUUCUUGGUCCGUUCCUGAUGUGACUGUUGAGACUAUUGAUAACUUGAAAGAUGGACAUGCAGUUACUACUCUAGUUGGUGGCCAUGUUGAUGGCGAUGAUUUGAAGGUUUCUAGCAAUCCUGCCGUUAUAAAGGAAGACCAGCAUAUGGAUGAACAUCUGUACGAAAAGGCUGAAGCAUAAACUUAAAUUCAUUCAAACACAUACAUUUCAUCACUGUACUCAUUCUUAUCGUUACUAUCUACACUAUUAAACUAUAUCUCUAUGGAGAG